GCCUGGAGGCCGCGAACGAGAGGAAACCACGCAGACUGGCACUACUCGUCAGGCGGAAGAGCAGGAGAACAGCCCUGCAGCUUCCACCCUAGCUUCACAGGAGGCCGAACAUCAAAGGGAAGGGUCGCGAAGCACUGAAACGCAGCCAGGUGCAGCUGCCGGUUCUGAACCAUCGUCCGCCACUGGAAGUCUCGAUGUGGGAAGUGCUCGAACUGGGGACCCAUCUGCAGCUGGGGGUACGGGAAGCAGCCACGAUGCCGGCCAUUCCGCUUCAACGUCCAAUCCGAGCCGUGAUGGCGGUGUGAAUCGGCCGCAAGUUGCUUCAGGCACAGAGAAUGGGAACCAAAAUAAUCCGCCGGAACAACAUGAAGUCCGCGACGGUAGUUUAUCCGCCACUAGUGCCAGUACGACGAGGCCGCCCCCGCCCCGUCCACCCCAGGAGGGUGACAGCAGGGAUCUUCCUGAACCUGGAGCGCAAGAGGGAACUGGUGUUGAAACAAGCGGAAUCGCACCGCAAAUUGGCGUGUCUGGAACCGCGGCACCCAGGGGUCGAGACGUCGACCGUGAGCAGGGUACAAGACUGCCAUCGCGAAGUUUGAGUCCACCUGCGACCUCACCGAGGCCGGCCCACUCGGCCACCCCCGAAAGACGAGGAGGUACCGGACCAGGUUGGCCGACAGAUGUUGGAGCUGGUUCUGCGGAACCGAGUGGCGGAAACCAAGUGCAGCCUGGCGCAGCACAGGAUGCCGGCAGUGGCACAAAAGCGGCAUUUGAGGGGAGCAGCGCGCCGACUUCCGGAAGUGCGACAGCUUCUGGCGGAGGCAGUUCUAGCUCUUCAUCCAUUUUCGCUCUUACUGGAACAGAAAUAGUGAGCAGAACAAUUGGACCAGCACUAGUUCCCCCAGCGACGACAAUGCUACCCGAGUUACCGGUGGCCGCGCUAGAGGAGCGCCGGCACAGCUGCGAGGACCUUUUCGUAGAGUUUUUGGCUGAGAAGCUGCAGACUUUGGAUGGUGGAAGCAUGGCGGGUUUUACACCGAAGGACUUCUGGAAUGCUGACGUUGAUGGAGGUCGGGAUCACGUUGCAGAGGCCAAUGCGCAGCUCGCUCGCCAUUACGCAGAAGACAAAGAUGCUGGUAUCCGCAACUUGCAAGGAGAAGAGAAAUAUCUGCACGCGAAUGAUUGGACGGUACAGAUUAUUUGAUGAUGCCUUUGUCGAUGAGGCUCACCCUUUGCUUGUGCUUACCAAGAAGUAAAUGAGAAAGGUCCGCGGGAGCACCAGGGCAGGCUCUAGGCGCAGUUCGAUUUGAUUUGAAAUGCGCUAGGCUACAUGCUGCUACUCCUCGUACUCGGGGAGAUAAUAUAUGUGUAUGAUGAUUCGAAAUGAUAAAACUAUGAUGAUGAAUGUGAUGCGUCUGAUGGGCUGCAAAGAAUAAAACAAGGACUUUCAUUUUAAUACACUUUUCAGAUCGGGAUUAUUAUGGCCAUGAUGCCCUUCUGUUUGGUCAACUACGACCUGAGCAGGAUGGCCGAGUAUAGUCGGAUGGCACAGAAAUGGCCCUUAAGAGUCGUCCAGCACUACACGUCGGAUCGCCUAGCAGAGGGGUGCGCACGCAAGGACCUGCUUUUCUUUUCGCAGGUGUGGGACUUCUUUCAUGAGCAGAGCCAUGCUGCACCUGGUGGGUCCGGCACUGGGCGAAGCAUUGUUGUUUGGCACGAUCCAAAGCUGCACGGUGGUGCUUUGGCUUCGGGGUCGGAGUGGCUCCUUCCCAAGACUCAGACCGCCUACGCUAAUGUUCGUGAGCACCGUUGUCGUAUUGGCAUGGUUGCAGAAUACCUCUUCCAGGCAUCGCCUGUCGUCUCCGGUUUCUCCGCCACUAGAUUUCACGUCCCCCAUGGUACUUAGUUUCCGAAUUCAAUGUCACACUGUUUUUUUGAACAACUACGACACCAAUUUUCAGUCAUUUUGUGCACUGACCAUUGUUAGGGGCGUGGAAAUAGUGUAACAGGAACAGCUUUGCUUGCAUGCUGUGCACACAUAUCAUACAACAGGUUAUUGUCUCAAUCCGAAGCCGGGAAACGAGAUGCCGUUGUUCUGGCCAGAAGCGCAACUUUGGAAGAAGUAUCGGCUUUCAGAUACGAGCAGCAAAACUAGUGAUAUAUCUAUAAUCAGAAUCAACGAGCAAUACUUGCCCAAGCGUUAGUAUACGUUGCAUAUUUCGCUGCAAGUCCAAGUGAGUAAGCGCCGCGUUACCCUGUGAGCCCAUCGCAAGGUGUAGCCGGACAACCAUCGAGCAAUCAGCUUUACAGCAUUGCAGCAAGUAGGCGCGAUGAUAUAUCAGUUGCUUUUGGUUUCAUACAGCCUGGGGACUCAGCAGUUCCGGCGCAAUGGCACUAUGAAUUUCAAAAAGAUUUUCGUAUGAGGGCGAAUUUCUGGCUUGAAAAGUCUGACGGAAGCAGUGCGGAGUGGAGCUAUCACCACUUCAGAUAUAUGUGGCUCCUGAACCAGUGGCGGGCACUGCCUGAGCCCACACCCGAGAACCCGCAUCCAACAUUUCAGAUCCCCGAAGCAAAAAUACACUUUCACCCCAAACCAGAUCGCGGAUACGAUGACGGGUUGCAGGCUUGGGUAUACCAUGGAUUUGACAACAAACUCAAAGACAUCAGGAUGACCUUCAAAGAGCUCUUGCAUCGUAUCGAAAUGCUCACAGUGCAACCUGAGCCAGAAUCGUGUCCGCCAACACCCUGGUCACCCUGUCCGAGUCCGCGUGCACUAUCUCCAGUUCCAAGUGAGCAUGGGUCUGUUGCGAGUCCUCGUGCACUAUCUCCAGUUCCAAGUGAGCAAGGGUCUGUUGCGAGUUCGCGUUCGCGUUCACGUUCAGUAUCUCCAGCUCCCAGCGAAAGAGGGUCUGUUGCGAGUUCGCAUUCGCGUUCACGUUCAGUAUCUCCAGCUCCAAGCGAGGGAGGGUCUGCUGGGAGUCCGCGCACAGUAGCUCGUCCAGCUCGAAGUGAGAGAGGGUCUAUCUUAAGUAGUGGAGCGCCGGCAAGAAAUGGCGUAAGGAGGAGUUUAGCGACGUCUUCGCAAUCUGCAACAGGUCCGGCCGGUCUGGGCCACGGCUAGGCGAUGUGAAGUAUUUAUAUAUAUAUGAAGUACACGGACGAGAAGUGAUGAAGAUGAGCAAAAUUUUUAGCCACAAGGCACUGCGUACUAACUGAAGGAGCGCGCUAGUGUUUAU